GGCAGUCAGGGUGGUGGUGAAAGCUUAGUGGUGAUCAUAUCAUCAAAGAGGGAUCAUAUCACCACCCCGUGUGGGUUUCUGUUAAAGUUACUUUGCUCUUUCUAGUUUCCCCUUCUCUCUCUCUCCCUCUCCCUCUCCCUCUCCCUUUCUCUCUCUCUCUCUCUCUCUCUAACCCUUUCUCUCUCCUUGUCCACUUCUCUCUCUCUCUCUCUCUCUCUCUCUCUCUCUCUCUCCUAGGAUGGCUUUUCACCAUUGUGGAGGAAGUGGUGGGGGGAUGAGCAUGAGCUACUCAUCCUCCUCUUCAAUGGAGAGCUACACCUUUCCAUUAAUGGGCAGUUGCAUCAACCUGGAGGAGCAAAACCCAAAGCCAAACACCAAUGAGGAGAACAUGGGAGGAGGAGAUCAUGAUCAUCAGGAUCAUGAGCAUGAGCAUGAGCAUGAGGAUGAGCAUGAGAACACCACCACCAAUGAGGGAGGGGAAACAUUGGGCACUACCAGUGUUGACUGUGGCCAGUCCAAGCUGUGUGUUAGAGGCCACUGGAGACCUGCUGAGGACUCCAAGCUCAGAGAGCUUGUCGCCUUGUAUGGCCCUCAGAACUGGAACCUCAUAGCUGAGAAGUUGGAAGGUAGAUCAGGGAAGAGCUGUAGGCUGAGGUGGUUCAACCAGCUGGACCCCAGGAUCAACAGAAGUGCUUUUAGUGAGGAGGAAGAGGAGAAGCUCAUGGCUGCUCACAGGUUGUAUGGGAAUAAAUGGGCCAUGAUUGCUAGGCUCUUCCCUGGUAGAACUGACAAUGCUGUGAAGAACCACUGGCAUGUUAUCAUGGCUAGGAAGUAUAGGGAGCACUCCAACUCCUACAGGAGGAGGAAGCUCAUGAACCACCACCAAUCACCACCAUCAUUAGCUCACAGGAGACUAGAGGAUGAGCCUGCAAUGUUUGAAGCACCUGCAAGGCCAUCAUCAUCUUCAUCACCAUGUGGUUUCAGCCACAGCUCUAGUAGCACUCCAUUCCCCUCCUUCCCACUCCCUGGUGCUGUGAAUGGUGGCUUCAGCAAUGGCUCAGAAUGCAUGAUGGGCUAUGUUGGUGUGCAAAGACCCUUCCACUUCCUUUCCCAUGGAGCACAAAAGAAGAUUGGCUUCUACAGCAGCAGCUUCUGGGAGAAGCCAAGGGAUGAGCCCUUCACUGGGUUCUUACACCACCACUCACCUCUCAUGCUCACAAUGCAGCACCCAAGCCAUUUAUCCUUCUUCUCAGAAUCCACAGCCUCAGCAGCAUCAACUGAGUCAGCAGGAGUGGAAGACAAUAGAGAGAACAUACACAUCCCACCAACUUUCAUAGAUUUCCUUGGUGUAGGAGCCACAUGAAUUAACUGAGGUGGCCAGGUUAAUUGGGUGGGGAGUUAAUGGGCAUGCAUGGUGAUUGGGAACGCAAUGAUGAGUUAUAUAUGUACCCUGUUGCUGUUCCUACACUUAAUUAAAUUGGUCCACCUAAGUUUCAAACAAACAUAGAGAGACAUCUAGAGAGAGAGAGAGAGAUAGUUUAGUUGAGUACUAACUAUCACUGUAGUUCAUUUACUUGGUUUUCACUAAACAAGACAAUUUGACUAUA